AUGAUAAAUUAACCAAACUCAAUUAUUGAAUUACCAUUCUAAGUUUCAACAAGCCAUAUACUCGACUUAUUUAUUAGCGGCACUAAAAAGAAGUAAAGUUUUCAAAUUAUAAUAAUAGAUAAUAUUAAAUAUUGGAGAAGGAUUCAAAUUAGAUCAUAGCCAUUAAGGAAAAUGUAGCAGUAAUAAAAAACACUGUUAAAAGGUUAGUUUGUAUGACAGAAAAUACUUUUGAGUAAAUUUGUUUGGUUAAAAUAUAAAUUGAUACAAAUUAAGUGAAAUGUGUAAGAAUAGUUUCAAUAAGAGGGAUCACUGGACAUUAUGAUGAGAAUUCUGAAUUGAUUAACUAUUUUUUGUCUAAAAUAGAUAAAUUACGUAAUAAGAAAAGUUAAGAUUAAAAUAUGAUGAAUGAGGCAUCUGAAUUUGUUGGAAUUGUAAAUGUUUCUGAAGAAAUAGAAAAUGCUGCUAAUUAAAAUCCAUACUAUUUAGAAACCAGUGCUUAUUAUAUGUUUCAUAAAUUAUUAUGCGCUUCAAAUUAUGGUCUUGGUAAAAAAGUAGCAGAAUAUAUUCAAAAAGUAUAAAAUAGUCUUUCUAAUGACUAAUCAAAUAUUAAGUAAAAUGUUUAAUAAUUAAAUUCAUUUAUUAAUUAAAUAGUUGAAACAUUAUUUCAAUCUUUCAAUUUUGGUAAAUAAGAAACAACUUAAAUAAUGCCUUAUUGUAAAAUUUCAAUAGAAAAAUAUUUCUAUUUAAAAUUAUCUCAUUGCAUUUUGCCAUAAUACUAAAAUAUGUUUAAAUAAUAAAAUGAAUUAUUUAGAUCUAAAAAAAUAGACAGAAAUAAUAAUUAGAUCAAAAAUGAAUUACAUAAAGAUCUUUAAAUUCCAGAAUUUAAUUCAUAAUAAACCAUAAGAAUUAAUGAAGCUUUAAAUGAAUUAGAUAAAAUUGAAUAUAUGAGUUAUCCAAGAGAAAAGUUGAGGUGUUUAUAAUUGAUGAGUGCAAUUCUUAAGGGUUCUCUUUAUAAUAUUAUUACAUAGCUAUUAACUCUGGUUUAAUUGAUUAGUUAAUGAAGUACUGUUUAAUAUUGAGUAAUGUAGAUCAUCCAUUCUCAGAAAUUUAAUUACUUAUAGAUACAACAAGUUCAUAAGAUAAACAAUUUCUAAACAAAAUUAAUGUAUUAAAUUAUCUUAUUAUAGCAUCAAUUAGAAGAAAUAAUUAAUUCUUGAUAUAAUUAUUUUAAUUAAUUUCAUUUUUUAUUAUAACCAUUUUAAUAGUAAAUAUAAAAGAAUAUAAGCUUAAAUAAGAAUAAUUAGUGAGUUCAAUUACUUAUAUUAUAUANUAAUAGAUAUUAAAAUUAAAUUAGUAAUGAUAAAUUAACCAAACUCAAUUAUUGAAUUACCAUUCUAAGUUUCAACAAGCCAUAUACUCGACUUAUUUAUUAGCGGCACUAAAAAGAAGUAAAGUUUUCAAAUUAUAAUAAUAGAUAAUAUUAAAUAUUGGAGAAGGAUUCAAAUUAGAUCAUAGCCAUUAAGGAAAAUGUAGCAGUAAUAAAAAACACUGUUAAAAGGUUAGUUUGUAUGACAGAAAAUACUUUUGAGUAAAUUUGUUUGGUUAAAAUAUAAAUUGAUACAAAUUAAGUGAAAUGUGUAAGAAUAGUUUCAAUAAGAGGGAUCACUGGACAUUAUGAUGAGAAUUCUGAAUUGAUUAACUAUUUUUUGUCUAAAAUAGAUAAAUUACGUAAUAAGAAAAGUUAAGAUUAAAAUAUGAUGAAUGAGGCAUCUGAAUUUGUUGGAAUUGUAAAUGUUUCUGAAGAAAUAGAAAAUGCUGCUAAUUAAAAUCCAUACUAUUUAGAAACCAGUGCUUAUUAUAUGUUUCAUAAAUUAUUAUGCGCUUCAAAUUAUGGUCUUGGUAAAAAAGUAGCAGAAUAUAUUCAAAAAGUAUAAAAUAGUCUUUCUAAUGACUAAUCAAAUAUUAAGUAAAAUGUUUAAUAAUUAAAUUCAUUUAUUAAUUAAAUAGUUGAAACAUUAUUUCAAUCUUUCAAUUUUGGUAAAUAAGAAACAACUUAAAUAAUGCCUUAUUGUAAAAUUUCAAUAGAAAAAUAUUUCUAUUUAAAAUUAUCUCAUUGCAUUUUGCCAUAAUACUAAAAUAUGUUUAAAUAAUAAAAUGAAUUAUUUAGAUCUAAAAAAAUAGACAGAAAUAAUAAUUAGAUCAAAAAUGAAUUACAUAAAGAUCUUUAAAUUCCAGAAUUUAAUUCAUAAUAAACCAUAAGAAUUAAUGAAGCUUUAAAUGAAUUAGAUAAAAUUGAAUAUAUGAGUUAUCCAAGAGAAAAGUUGAGGUGUUUAUAAUUGAUGAGUGCAAUUCUUAAGGGUUCUCUUUAUAAUAUUAUUACAUAGCUAUUAACUCUGGUUUAAUUGAUUAGUUAAUGAAGUACUGUUUAAUAUUGAGUAAUGUAGAUCAUCCAUUCUCAGAAAUUUAAUUACUUAUAGAUACAACAAGUUCAUAAGAUAAACAAUUUCUAAACAAAAUUAAUGUAUUAAAUUAUCUUAUUAUAGCAUCAAUUAGAAGAAAUAAUUAAUUCUUGA